AACAGCGAACCAUGCGAGAUCUAACAGCUCACGUAACCAGCAGCCUGUUGCAGUUUCCAGAAGUGACUAUACAAGCUCUUGGAGAAGAUGAGAUAACGCUAGACUCUGUACUUAAUGGGUCAUUCACUGGAGGGCGAAGUGGGCUGGCUUGCCUGUCAUGUGGGCCUCAACUCGAAGUAGUAAACCCAGUCACAGGAGAACGACUGUCUGCAUAUCGUUUCAGCAGAGUGAACGAACAGCCGCCCACUAUUCUUGCAGUGAAAGAGUUUUCCUGGCAGAAAAGAACUGGUCUGCUAAUUGGCUUGGAAGAAACAGAAGGAAGUGUUCUGUGUUUGUAUGACCUUGGAAUAUCGAGAGUGGUUAAAGCAGUUGUUCUUCCUGGAAGGGUUACUGCAAUAGAACCCAUAAUUAACCAUGGAGGAGCCAGUUUGACAACCCAACACUUGCACCAGAGUCUCAGGUGGUUGUUUGGUGUGGCAGCUGUGGUUACAGAUGUUGGACAUGUUCUUCUGAUUGAUCUUUGUCUGGAUGACUUGUCGUGUAGCCAGAAUGAAAUAGAGGCAUCUGACCUCGAAGUUAUCACUGGAAUCCCUCCUGAAAUACCACAAAUAAGGGAAGCAAUCACAAGGAAAGGUCGGCAUCUCUGUUUCCAGCUACUGAACCCAUCUGGAACCGCUGUGAAAACUCUCUCGUACAUACACAGGAUCAACCAGUUAGUUGUGGGGUUUUCUGAUGGUUACCUCUCAUUAUGGAACAUGAAAAACUUGAAGAAAGAAUACCACUCCCAGUUAGAAGGAGGUAGGAUUCCAGUCUAUGCUGUUACUUUUCAGGAACCUGAAAAUGAUCCCCGCAACUGUUGUUACUUGUGGGCUGUUCAGUCAACACAAGAAAGCGAAGGGGACGUUGUCAGCUUACAUUUGCUGCAGUUGGCCUUCAGUGACAGAAGGCAUUUGGCGUCUGGGCAAAUCAUGUACGAGGGUUUGGAGUAUUGUGAAGAAAGGUACAGUCUAGACCUUACAGGGGGUGUUUUCUCUUUGAGAGGACAAACGAGCAACACCAAAUUAAUUGGCUGUCAGACUAUAGAAAAAUUUCGAAGCCAUGUUGACAGAGAAGAUGGCGUUAAUGAAGUCAUAUCACCUGACACAAGCGUCUCUGUCUUCAGCUGGCAAGUGAACACAUACGGUCAAGGCAAACCAUCUACCUAUUUAGGCAUUUUUGACAUAAAUCGCUGGUACCAUGCUCAGAUGCCGGACUCGUUAAGACCAGGGGAAUUUCUGCAUAAUUGCCCCUAUUUUGCGUUGUGGUCCCUGGAUGCUGUGGUGAGCAUGACCAAUCCACAUCGCAUCUUGGAUGUCCUGGUACAUGAACGAAGCUUAAGUCGUGGCGUACCUCCAUCGUACCCUCCACCUGAACAGUUUUUUAACCCAAGCACCUACAACUUUGAUGCCACUUGUUUGCUGAACUGUGGAGUUGUUCAUGUAACUUGCACAGGGUUCCAAAAAGAUACUUUGCAUUUCUUAAAACAAUCGGGUGGUUCUUUAAACGAAGCCAUUCCUGAUAAUUACAAUAGAUGUCUUAUAGCUGGCUUGCUCUCUCCGAGAUUUGUUGACGUGCAGCCUUCAAGUCUGAGUCAGGAAGAACAGUUGGAAGCUGUAUUAUCAGCUGCUGUCCAAACUAGCUCUUUGGGGCUCCUCACAAGCUGCAUCAAGCAGUGGACCACUGAAGAACAACCAGAUUCUGCCCCCAACAUGCGCUUUGUGCUUGAAUGGACAUGGAAUAAAGUGAUCACCACAAAAGAAGAGUUUGUUCGACUAUGUGUCCCACUGUUUGACGGAUCAUCUAACUUUAUUGAUCCACAAACACUACAGUCUCUGCAGCGCUGUGAGUUGCUUCUUAGCAACCUUAACACAGUUUUGAACUGCUUUGUAACAGAGGCACAAGAACUCACAGAAAAAGGCAUUACAGAUUUAACCAAUAAACAGGCUGUAACUAGUCUACUUCUGCAGUAUGUGCAAGUGGUCAUCUGGUUCUGUCGAUCCAGUCUUCUUCCUGAAGGCGUAGAUGAAGAUGUGCAAUUGUCAAAACCUUUCUACAACUACCAGAACAUACACCGCUUCUACGUCAGCAGUCGUCAGAAAUUAGAACGCUCGUCACGAGGCAAAUGGGACUCCGACUGCUUGAUGAUUGAUGGAAUGAUUUCCCAGUUGGGUGAUACCGUUGUGAAGCUGUGGCAAAGAGACGAUGGGGGGACAGGGAAAUAUCCUCCUCCUACGUUACAUGCGCUCCUUGAUCUCUAUUUGUUGAAAAAUAUAGAAGAACUCUACAAACAUGCAAUUACAAUUUAUUUACUUUUGGACAUCAUGCAUUCCUGUCCAAACAAAACUGAUACUACAAUGGACUCUUUCCCAACUGCCUUUGCAAUCCCUGUUGGUCUGGUUAACCUAAUUCAAGGUUAUUGGUGCUUGGAUCAUGGCGACUACGAGAAUUCUCUGACCUAUCUGUUUCACCCAGCUGCAAUCAAAUUGCCUUGGCAACACAUGCGCAUAAUCCAAGUCUUCAUGUGCCAAGGAGAGCACAGGCGAGCACUCAGAUACAUACAGAUGAUGAAGCCAUCAAUGACCAACAGCAGUGAUGUUGCCCUUCAUCUUACUGUCUUGCUGUUUAAUAGUUGUAUGGUGGAAGCAUGGAGUGUGUUGCGGCAACACUCUACCAGAUUAAACGUCGAAGGAAUGCUUAAACAUGUGUACGAAGUCUGCCAGGAGCUAGGACUAAUGGAAGAUUUGCUGAAACUGCCGUUCACAGAUACAGAACAAGAGUGUCUAGAGAAGUUCUUGCAGACAAGUGCUGAUGUUCAUAAUCAUGAGUUCCUUUUAGUUCACCACCUCCAACGUGCCAACUAUGUUCCUGCACUACAGUUAAACCAGUCAUUGAAGAUUAAUCUUCUGAAUGACCGGGAUCCCCGCUGGAGAGAGAGAUCAGUUGCCAGAAAUUCUAUAUUAGAACAGUAUGGAAAGGUCCUGCCUAGAGUACAAAGGAAGCUGGCUGUUGAGCGAGCCAAACCGUACCAUUUGUCUUCAUCACUUCGGCGGGAAGUUUUAAGACCAAAGCCAUUGUCAACAAUUGCAAAGCAUGUUGCUACAGGGAAUGUGGUUACAAAGGCGACUUUCAUCAGUAAUGUACUUUCCAAAAUUGGAGAGGUGUGGAUGGGGGCUGAACAGAAAAGUAAAUCAUCUCAAAAUGAUACUACUGAGGAACAGCCAUCCAGACUGGACAGUUGUGCCGACACAGAGUUACCUGAUCCAUUUGUAGGAACACCUGUUACUAAAUCUUUAAGGAAAUGCUCCAGAUUGCUUGAUUUGGUGGUUCGGCCUGUUGGUCUUUGCUCUCCUGCCCCUGGAAGUAAUUUGCAAGUGUCGCCAAGAGCUUCUUGCAUGCUUUCUAGUCCAUUGCACUCAAAUCCUCGCUGUGCCAUGCCGCUACAUAAGAACCUCACAAGUGCACCAGAAUUAAAAUUACUGGAAACUCCUGCCGUUGUUAAGAGAGCUAAAGCUUUGACAUCUGCAUCUUCCUCUGGCUUCCCUGGUUUUACUCCACAGUCGAUUUUGAGAUCUAGCCUACGAACGACACCAUUAGCUACUCCAACUGCAUCUCCAGGAAGGUCCAUUACUCCACCUUUACGUGCAAAAGAAACAAAAAUAUCAUUUAUGGAAGAAAUCGAAGCUUCAGAGUGGAAUGCUAGGGUGGAGGAUCGUAAAACAAGGCCUAACGCAGUUUCAUCUGAAUGCAGUCUUGAGGCUCAAAUGGAGGAUGUAUGGCCUAAAACUAGAGAAGUGCCCUCCUUUCCAUCAUGCAGUGCUCAGGAAGAUCAUGAAGAAACUGACCUGUCCCCAGAGAGCAUACCAGAAGAUAACUUGGACAAAUCUGUACCUUUCAUGGAAACUAGCAAUAUGCCUAUCAAGGUGGAUCAAACUACUUUGGAAUAUCACGAGGCAACAUCACCAGGUGUUACUGGAGAUAUUGUAGCCUGUCACUGUGCUGAUUCUUCAUCUGAGGACCUCUUAGACAUACCAAAGACAGCUGAAAGAGAAGGGAGUGAGAUAGCUGAAAGUGAAUCCUUGCAAAUGGGACCUCAGACAUCUUCAGAUGUAGAACGAUUGGCUGGGUUUCCUGAGAAAGAAGAGAAGGGAUGUGGUGACCUCCCUGAAGAUGGAGUAUCGAUGAUAGAUCACUUAGAUGCUGUCCAAGAUGCUGUGUUCGCUUCUCAUGUGCCAUCUAAUAAAAGUGGAACACUUACUGUGGAAUCCAGCAAGAUACCAUUGUUGGAAGAUAUCAGACACCAUUCUGAAACAAGUACUGAAGCUUUGGAGUCAGCAGGAGCAGAUGCUGAAUCUGUCAUUAGUAUUCCUCACAGUGAAGAUAUUGCCAGUAUUUGUUCCAAAACUGAGUUUGAAGAAAGCGAAGCAGCAGUAUUUGAGCAAAGAGCAGAAGAAGCCAUAAAAGAAAAUUUAGUAGAAAAAACACCACCUACCAAUGCACCUGAAAGCCAAGAAGCAAAUCUUAGUGGAGAUGGAACACCUGAGGUGCACGUUUCAGGAACUAUUGUGGAGACUCUUCCAAAUAGUGAGAUAUGUCCCUCAAACACUGUUGAAUAUCAGUGCAGCAAUGAUGCUGUGGAGCAACAGGUUGCAUGUGAAUUGCUUGAUAAAGAUGCUGGUGAAUGUGGCUUUUCUGAAGAACUACUCCUACCCCAGGAUGACUUUACGUUAAUACUGGAAGGAGAUGAAGAAGCUGAAAUAGAAGAGGCUGCUGGAUUGCAUUCUUUACCUCUGAAACCAGCUAGCCCCAAAUCAGAGAAGCAAUGUGUAAAUAAUACUGAAAGUAACGACCAAGAACGCGUUACAAAUUCAGUAUCCACAGUAACUAGUGAUCAGAUGUCCCAGAAUACUGCCACGGUAUUGCCUUAUGUACCCGAACCUAUUAAAAUGGCUAUUGCUGAAAACUUGUUAGAUAUAAUCAAAGACACAAGAAAUAAAGAAUUUUCAUCCGAAGUAGUAGAGCAAUCUGUUCACAAAGGCAUGAGCAAGAAGUUACUAAGUUCCCCCCAGGAUCCACUACAAAAUAUUCCUGAAACAAAUAAAGAGAUGAAAAUAAAUCAGAUAGAAAACAUAGUAACAUGUAGUACAGGCGCAACAGGACAGACGGCUGUAAGUCUAAAUGAUUUGUUACCUGAUGAUCAGACAUUGACAAACAUGAGUAAACCAAAUGUGCUGGUACUGUCCACACCAAGAAGAAGUACCAGACGAGUACCUGACAUUCCUGAAAACCGCUCCCACAGUUCUAAAAGAAACCCCCAAGAACAGCAGCCAUCCCAUGUUCUUGCUUUUCCAGUUAGCGGCGCUGAGAAAACUGAAGGGUGCAACCUAGAAAUAUCAACAAAUGUUCAUCCCAUUGCACCAGAGUCUCAGGCAACCAUUACUACAAGGAGAGGGGUUAAAAAAUCGAAAGAGCUUGAUUCAGAAUGUCAUGAGCAGCCAACUUCUGGUCUCAGGAGGGCUUCUAAAAACACCAGAAGCUUAGUAGGAGAUCAAGGUAAUCAGUUCAUCAUUGACCAUACAAUACAAAUGACAGUCAAUCCUAAAAGUGCAAGAAAGCUAAAAACCAUUGCUUUCAAACUUUCAGAAAAUGCAGUUUCAGAUCAGGAGGGAGAAUUGCAAGAAAAGCAGCAGAGUGUUACACCGAGAAGAGGACGACCAAGAAAAUAUGGUACACGGGAAGUCUCGGCGCAUGCGGAAACACAGUCAGAGAAGUUACCGUUACCUACCCAAGUUAGAAGGGGCAGAAGUAAAAGCUCCAGUCUUGUGGAAACAAUUUGUGAGGAGAGCACCCAGACAAGUAAGUCACCGCUGCCCACCCCAACUAAGAAGGAGAGGGGGCAGAGUGCCAAUAGAGCUGAAAAUGUUUCUGAUCAAGAAACUGAGGUCACUGAACAGCUGUCUGUGCGGCGUAAAAGAGGUAGACCAAGAAAGUAUCCGCUGAAUGUGUCAGCAAUUUCAAUGCUGGAUUUCUCUUUACAGUCGCCUCCACUACCACCACCACCUCAGCUAAACGUUAACUCUUUUGUUGCUAGUAGAAGGAACACUAGAAGUGCAGCAUUAAAUAAGUCCUCCACUUCUUCUCUACAAGCCACUACAUUGGAUACCCCCAAAAGGAGGCCUCGAAGAAUAGAGAAAUCAGAGGUAGAAAUAUCUUUCUCAGAAGAACAUUCUGAUGCACUGGCUUCAGCGAGGACCUCUCAAAAGAGGCGGUCAAAGAUGACGGCAAUCAGAAAGAAGGGCGAAUUUUCAUCACUCCCUAAAGAAAGUCCAGAAGUGAUGCCGGAAGCCAUGGAUAAUGCCGAGGAACUGCACUCAACCGAUGUGACCAAACUGAGGCUUGAUGAAAUGCAGAAAACUGUGGCGCGUCGUUGCUCUCACAUUAAAAGGACCAGAUACAGCAAAAAGUGUAUGAAACCGAACAUUUCCCUUGAUGGGGAUGAGGCGUUCUUUUUUUCUCCUCCUCUCACGAAGCUCGCAGAGAAACCUAAAGGCGGAAAAGCCGUGACCCCAGUACAGUUCAAAGAUUUAGAAGCAGGCCUGGCUUCUCGGUUUGUCUUCUCGCCCCCUGUUCUGAGGUCCAGGAAAAAACAGGCGUCCAGUAUUUCAAGGAUUGUGGAAGAGCUGGAGUUGCCAAUUAAAGAAGAAGAAGAUGACAUCUCGAUAGAAACUUUGGAAAAGCAGAAAGUAAAAAGAGGAGGAACUAAAAGAUCAAAAGCAACCAAAACAACUAAACUCGUAGGUAAAGAUGGUAAUUGGUCGCCACCACCGAUGGAAAUUAAGUUUAUUUCUCCUUUUGGCACCCCAGUGGAUGGAGCAAAAAGCAAAUCUGUGGAUAAAGCGGAAAAGGCUAUUAAAAAGACUGUUUCUAGAAAGGAGAAGAGACUGUCUAGCUAUCCAAAGCCAGUUGUCAGGAAGAAGAAGCUAUAACUAUUUUUAAAAAGUUGUAAUGUACACCAGUGUUUGUAAAGUCAUCACAAUUGUGGGAAUAUUAAGAAAAAAAUCAUUAAUUUGGAAGAUAAUUUAUAUAAAUUAUUGUAAAAUUUCAGAAAACUAAAAAGUCUUCGAUAAGUAACUCCAUGUGGAGUAUGAUUUCUUCAGUCAAUGCAGUUUUUUCUAUUUUAUAAGACUUCAUACAUUUAUAUAAUAUGUAAAUACAUCUUAUUUUAGGAAUGUUAAAUAAAAAUGUAUACUUCACAAUAUGAUUGUCCACUAGAUUUUUGAAAGAGAAUAAUGGUGGCUUGAGAUGCAAAUAACUCAAAGGAGAUUCUAAUGAUGGCUUGCCACUGUGGCUGUUUCUCAAAUGGUAGGCUAAUCUUUUUUAACAGUUUGAUCUUGCAAAUGUUUUAAAAAAUUAAAAAUUUGGCAGUUUUAACAUUUAUAGAAAAUGUUGUGACCUUUUUGGAAUUGGUAAUAGAGAUUAUCCAUUGGAGACAACUUCCUUUCCUGGCUGAAUAUGUACUUUAUUGAAGUUGGAAUGUAAACAAAUGUGUUGAAACUGUGCAAUAUUUUUUUGUAUUUUUGUCUUAACUUGGUAAAGCUGCUUUUCAGUUUAUAAAACGAAA